AUGUACAUCCCUGACGAAGUCUUGAUCGACAUCCUAAUAAGACUACCCGUAAAGUCCCUCAUUCGGUUUAUGACUGUAUGCAAGUCAUGGAGAAAUAUGAUCGGACGCUUGAGCUUUAUUGGUGAACAUCUUAAUAGGAAUCUCAACAAUCAUGCUCAUACUUUUCUAGUGGCCCUCCACAACAAUGGAGGCACAGGAGACACUGGCUACUCUCUUCUCUCCAAUGAAACAUUUGAGCUCCUUCCAGGGAGCGGCAUGUCGUGGCGGCCUUUAUUCGGAUAUGGCAUGACUCUUGCAUUCGGGUUCCACCCUGGUGUGAAUGAUUACAAGGUUGUAAGGAAGGUAUCAAUUGAUGUAGAGGAGCUUCUCUCUGCAGUGGAGAUUUAUAGUUUAAGCACAAAGUCUUGGAAGACGGUUGAUGUAAUUCCUCCUUUGAUAAAGAGCAUGAAACGCCGGCAACGAGGUAUUUCAAGAAAUCCAGCUACCGGAGGGUAUUGCCGGUGGGUUAAAUCUGUUGAGGAGUACAAAGAAUCAAUUUGCUUGUUGCAACUCAACAAGGAUGGACAAGAGGAGCAUAUUAACAUAUGGAUUCUCCAAGAAAAGUAUUUUAAAAAGUUGGUCACUGUUGGUUUUCCCGGAAUGAGUCUUACCCCAUUGGGAUUUAGAAUGAAAAAUGAACUUCUUCUCGAGCUUCAUGAACAAGAUAGUAAAGGAUCUGAUCUGGCUAUAUAUAAUCUUGAGUCCAAGCAGCUCACUCAAACUGGAAUUAGGUUGGUGAAAAAUUACUAUGAUGCCUAUUAUGUGGCUACUUACGUUGAAAGUUUAGUCUUACUCAUGGAUUAA